AUUCAUAGACUCGCUCGUUUGAGUCAGUCGACGCUGAAGCGUUGCAUGUUCGAGAUGUACCGUUUCUCUCGUCGCGAACGGUUUUAGCUUCGAGUGGUAUGCCGAGAAGAAAAUAAUCAACCAAAAGGAGAAAGAAAUUCUUCGACGCCUCUUGAUUUCUUCUUCUUUUCUUUUCUUUUUUUUUUCUUUUUUUUUUUCUUUUUUUAUUUUUUUUUUUGCAGAAGAAAUGUUAUUUGUUUAAAACAAUGUUUACUUUCGUCGAGUUUCAAGAUCUGUGCUAAUGAUCGAAGGAAAAAAAAUCAAGAUAUAAUUGAACCUCAAUGGAAUUUGAUGAAAUCAAAGACCCAUGAUCCUAUUAUCGUCAUCAGAAGAUUGAGAUCAGAAGAGUGAGAAAAACUUCGUUUAUUGUGAAAAAAAGAGCUCUACGAUUUCAAGGAACAAUUGCCGAUCGUUAAUUCAUCGUACGAUUCAGAAGAUACUCUUGCAAAAAUAAAGAAAGCGAAUAAGAUUUGGACGUCUGAUUGAAGAAUCGGAGAAGUAAAAAAAUGACAAGCGUAGCGAUUUUCUUCACCGGUAAAUAAGACAUAAAGAUGGCGUCUCGAAGUGACGCCUGCGCCAUCGGCUAUAAAAGACCUUCGACCCAAACAUUUUUAGGAGAAAUGAAGGAACACUCGGCUUCUUCGAAAGUCGAAAGGGACAAGGAUCCUCCUCAAAAAUCGUAUAGCAGUGCUGCCAGUUUGAUGUCGAUCGGCGCGGACAUAUCUCCUAGUUCUUCCCAUUUUUUCGAGGUGCUCUACGUCGGUAAGAUCAGAGUCUCCCAUCCAAAGGUAUCCGAAUCUUUCAUCGACGAUGCCCUCCUCAGAUUUCGCUCUCAUGGACUCGAAAAAUCAAAGUCUUCUGCGGGUGCUUUACUCCUUUCUAGUAAUAGAAGGAACAGUACGGAAUCGAGUACCAGCGAAACUGGCAGUGUAGAAAAUGUGUCUAGACAUGGCUCGAUGGCAACAUUAACGAUUGCGGCAAUGGUUGCUUCUUCUUCCUCGAGAUUCGAAGACAAUGGUAACGGUAGUCAAAGCGGAACAUCUGCAACGACUAUUGACAAUAAUAGCGGAGGUAAUAUACAGGUGCCAGCAGUUAUGAGAAAUCGUGCUGGUUCGAUGAGUAACGUCUUAACAGGCAGAAGAGAUUCCAGUCCAAAGACUGGCGACGAGCAUAAUCGAACUAUGCUAUUUCAGGUGGGUAGAACCGAUUUGAGAUUGAUCAGCCCUGACAGGAAGCAGGUUUUGCUUCACAAACAAAUCAAAGAUGUAGCGAGUUGCGUACAGGGUGCAAAGAAUUCCGAACACUUUGGAUUCAUCUGUAGGGAAAUAAUGAUAGAUAGUUUCGUUGGUUAUAUAUUCAAGUGUCAAUCCGAAUCCGUUGCCGACGAUCUCGUUGCAGCCAUUACUCAAGCAUUCGUUGCAACCUGCGAUGGUACAAGGAAGGAAAGAUACCCUGUAUUCUCUUGCGAACACUGUCCCAUGUUUUGGUAUAAUAAACUGUGUCAAGAGAUAGAAGGUCAAAACGAUCGACGAACACAAAAUAUAAUAUUCUCUCGAAUGGAGCAAUUGCCGGAAGACGAGCAGGAGAUCGUUGUGAACAAAUACAAAGGUGCUGAGGCAAUCGGUGGAGGUUCUGGUGCGGGUUCGAGUUUGCGCGAACAAAACCAAUUUCUCAUUAGAUUAUUACGUGCUCAUUGCGAGGCUAAACAAGCUAGACACGUUCACGAUACAGCUGAGAAUAGAAGCGAAUUUUUGAAUCAGUAUCUCAGUGUAGGCGUUGGCAGUACGAUAUUCAUGAAAGCGAAACGUUCUCUGACUAAUAGCUUCGAUAAUCUUAUGAAACGGAAGGGUUCGCGAGAAGACUUUGGACUCGUAUCGCAUGUGAAGGAUUCUAAUCAUCUCAACACCGCAUUACAAAAGAGCGGCAGCCAGAGUCCCGAUAAUUCGCGUCAAUCGUCGAUAGGCGAGUCAUCGACUGAAACGUUUAGCAGACCGAGAUCGUUGCGAGUAUCUCCGGAACAACAGUUAUCUGUGAAUACGGGACCACGAAGUUCCAUGAUGGAUAUCUUCCUGAAAGUAGGAAAUUCGCCAAAAAUGUCGCCUACAGAAUGCGAUGGAAAUACCGAAAUGCAUUCGAAUAGUUCGUGGAGACAGGCGAUAUUACAUAGAGUGGUAACACCGAAUAAAGAACACGAUAAGAAUAAUGGAAAAUCUGAGAAUUCUAAUGUCAGUGUGACACCUCGUGCUGUUGCUACGCACAGAACGAGGGAGGAACUCAGGGAUCUGUGGAAGAAAGCGAUUAAUCAACAAGUGAUACUGAUACGAAUGGAAAAAGAGAAUGCAAGACUUAAAGAACGUCAAGAGGAAGCAACGGUGAAAAGAAUCAAAUUGGAGUACGAUGAAAUUAGCAGCUGUGCUCGCGAACUCGUCGAAGUAUGGGAUUUGCUCGUUAGCAAGGAAUCCCGCGUUUCUACAAAGUGCGACAAUCAAAUGCUUUUACAUGCCAUUAAGCAAGGUGUUCCCAAAGGGAAAAGGGGCGAAGUCUGGCAAUUCUUAGCGGAACAAUUUUGUUUGAAGCAACCACCCAUAGAUACUCAUGAUUUUCCGAACUACAAUACUUCUUACGAUCUGUUACUGAAACAACUCACGUCUCAGCAACAUGCUAUUCUCAUCGACUUAGGACGUACUUUUCCGAAUCAUCCGUAUUUCAGUUCUCCUUUAGGACCUGGCCAAUUGGCACUUUUCAAUUUAUUGAAAGCUUAUUCUCUCCUGGAUCACGAAGUUGGCUAUUGUCAGGGUCUAAGCUUUGUGGCUGGCGUUCUUCUUUUACACAUGGUGGAAGAUCAGGCUUUUUUUCUCUUACGACAUCUGAUGUUUCGGAGAGGCCUGAGAAAACUCUACCUUCCAGAUAUGGCAGCAUUACAAUUGCACUUAUAUCAACUGUCGAGAUUACUGCACGAUAGACUACCGGCACUUUAUGAUCAUUUUGACAAGCACGAAGUGUCACCAACUUUGUAUGCAGCACCGUGGUUGUUAACCUUGUUUGCCAGUCAGUUUCCAUUAGGUUUUGUAACCAGAGUCUUUGAUUUACUUUUUCUCGAAAGCUCAGAAAUAUUAUUUCGAGUAGCCGUGGCAUUAUUGGAAGAGCAUCAAGAUCAAUUGCUUUACUGUGAUAGUUUCGAAGAAAUUAUGGAAUAUCUUAAAACCCGUGUACCAGCUGUAGAUAAAGCCACUUUGGAUCGUGUAAUGAAACGCGUAUUCUAUCCGGAUAUGGAAGUUUCGAAGCAAUUGAAUGAAUAUAGAGUGGAGUAUCAAGUGCUACAAGAAGAAAUGCUAUCGGUAAAACCUCAGAUGGAAAGUUUAGAGAAAUUCAAGACGGUUAACAAACAAUUGAUGAAACAAGUCGGUCAAUUGAACGAACAACUCGAGGUGACGAUGAAUAACUUGCAACGUUUGGAAACAGCACGAUCUAUGCAACAAGCGGUGGUGAAUAAAUUAGAAUCUCAGAAUCGUAGUCUCGAAGUGACAGUCGCGACUUUAGGUACAUUUAUUCAACACUUGAGCGAAACGCGAGACGAUCUAGAUUUACCAGGUGAAAUACGUAGAAUUAUUUCUCAGAUCAGCAUUGCCGAAAAGCGAAGAAACAUGAGCAAAGCAUAUCCUUUAAAGAUAUUAGAAGAUAAUAGUAAGCAAGGGCUCAUUAAAAGCAAUUCGGCUGGUAGAGAUUCGCAUAAUUUCUUAAGAAAUAGUAACGUGAUCGAUCCUCCCUAUCCUUUGAAAUCUACAUUGAGUCAACCAAACCUGGCAACUAAAUUGGAAAGGGUAUCUUCAUUCUUUUCGAAUUCGCACAAUCACAUACAAAAGCAACGUGCACAAUUGGCAGCCCUUAGAAACGAGUACACCGAUCCAAAUAUACGAAGCAACAAUGAUGAAAAUGAUCCAAAGACGGUCAAUAUAGACAUACAAAUCACAGAUACAAUGAAUUCGCAGAACGAUAACGUCGAACAAAAUGAUAAUCAUUUGAAGAUUCAGCCAAUUAAUUUAGAAAAAUCUAUCUCGUUACCGCUAUCGAACGCAAAAUUAAAGUUGAAACCGUCCAAGUCGGCGUAUGAAUUAGGCUCCGUUAAAAAAGUUCCAACUAGCAAGAUCGAAGUUACCAAUGAAGAUUCUUUGACCAACUUGACAGGUACCAUGCAUCCUUUGGAUACUUGUAGCGAUGUCAAUUUUCGAUAUGGUGGAACCACAAAAUUAAAGUCUAUCAAACCAGUUAGAUUAUCUAGUCCGAUCGGUCAAGGAGAUAACGUAAAUAAGAAUACUCAAAACCAAAAUACUGAAGCUUUAAAUAGAUAACACUUACUUAUGUUAUUGUGUUUGCAAAGAAAAAUGGAAAUACUUUCGAGAAGAAAGGAUACGCAUGAUGGAACAGCAUUGAAUAUUCGAAGAUAUAGGAAUCAUUGAAAAAAUAACUUUCUUACGGUCUA